CUUAUCAGCGCCCGCCAUUAUCCCCCGCAUCUCCUUACAACCUUGUGUUCAGUAUUCGAGUACAAGCACGCUCACUAGCCAAUCGUACAUUUACUAGUGUAACCUCUGUGCUUUCUAACUUUUACCUAUUUCUUCACCGUUUCCAACUUCCAUCUCAUUGCCAGUUCUCAAAACACCUUGGUACUUCUUCAAUUAUGGCUCCUCCAUCUGCAACCGCUGAUAUUAUUGACUCUGGUGCAAGCGUAUCCUCAGGCAAAAGCCAGCAACCUGCGACUGAGCCUCUUGAGGUUGGUGUUAGCACAAAACAAUCCGAGCUUACGGAUUUCCAAUCUAUUCCAAAGGUUCCAACAGCAGGCGAUCCAUACAAAGAGAGAGAAUACCAAAAGGGCAGAUUGGUACUGGCAUUCCGCAUUUUUGCAAAAUACGGAUUUGAUGAGGGGGUUGCGGGACACAUUACUUUGAGGGUUAGUCUUUUCCAGAAAUAGAGAAAGGGUAGCAAGUUGGGAAAGUCUCUGGAAUCGGCCUACAAGUAGAAGAUUACAAUGUCUGUUAUGAUUGGACUUUUUCGAUUUAUUAACUUUUUGAAAAUAGGACCCUGUUGAGCCUACUAGCUUCUGGGUCAACCCAUUCGGAGUCGCAUGGCCUCUCCUCAAGGCAUCAGAUUUAAUUCGAGUGAACGCGGAAGGAAAGGUAGUUGAUGGCGGUCCAUGUCGACUUCUCAAUACAGCCGGUAAUUCUUAUCUCUAAAUCAUUCAGUUCUGUAGCUAAGUUGUACAGCUUAUAUGAUACAUCAUGCCGUACACGAGGCUCGUCCCGAAAUAAACUGUGUAGCACACUCCCAUUCCAUCUACGGACGAGCCUUCUGCACACUCGGACGUCCUCUCGAUACUAUCACACAAGAUUCAUGCGCCUUCUACAACGACCUGGCAGUCUACAACUCGUUCCGAGGCAUCGUUCUUGCUGCCGAUGAAGGUAUCGCAAUUGCCAAAGCUCUUGGUCAGAAAAAAGCUGCUCUUUUACAAAAUCACGGCUUGCUGACAUGCGGCAAAACAAUUGAGAGUGCUGUUUUCUGGUUCAUGAGUUUAGAGAAAUGCUGCCAUGCACAGCUUCUCGCUGAUGCUGCUGCCGGAGGUAGGGGCGGGGAAACUAUCAAGAUCGACGAUAAGGAUGCUGCAUAUACUUAUGAGACGGUUGGUACCGAGAGAGGUGGAUGGUUCAGUGCGAAGCCACAAUUUGAUAUGAUGGAGCAUGAAAGUGGCGUUGAUUACAAGUGGUAGUUGGAAACCAUUCUCUUAGCGGUAACUCCAAACUGUGAGUUGUAUUACGCUAUCUUUCUUCUGUGAAUAUUAACUCUGGUGGUCCUGGUGGCCUGAACGUGGGGGAAAAAGCAUAUUUUGGUUAAAAUGCCAGCCAUAAUUUUCUUGAAGCUGGAAGUAGUUUUAGUCGAAAAGUGAGUAGGUCACGUGAAACGUAU